AUGCGGCAACUCAACCGCAUGGUCGACGCUAGUGCGGAUUUGCAGCGCACUCUACGAGAUGUGUUUGAUAUCAAGAAGGAGAUCCUGUAUUGCUUUAUCGCCUCUAACCAGUCUGUUCCUACUUCCAUACAAUCACAGCUUGGAUUGCUGGACAAAGCACCGCCUGUCAUGCUCAACGUCAUUCAAGCACAGGAGGCGGCGAAGCAGAAAGCGCCACAGCGGAUGCGAUGUGAGCCGAUGCAGCGCGAGCCACUGAAGCAGAACGAUGACAUACAGCCGCAAUACCGCAUACCCGCGUCGAAGGCAAGUCGGUUCGCUUGUUCAACCCCGACCACACUUUUUGCUGGUGCUAGCAAGGCCGCGAAGGCACUGUCUGACCCCAGCAGCUCCGCCAAAGCUACCUCUAGCACCGCCACCUCCGCUACCUCCGCCUACGGCCUCUGA